CCCCAAAGUAUAACAAAAAGUUAAUAUACAAAAUAGACAUCACUUUACAAACUAACCGUUAAAUUGUGCAAUUAACUGAUGCAUAGUAUUAAUUGUAAUAUUGGACCGUUAUUUAGAACAGUGAAAGCGUCACACAAACGCCAAGUGGGAAAGUAGGAGUGUAAAUGAAGCACGAACGCAAUGCAGGUGGCAGGAGUCUUACUAAUACAAACACACAGACAUAUUCACACCUGCACUGCGCUUGUAUUAGUUUCGUAACUGGCAAUCGUGCUAGACUAGACUAGACUCGCUAGCACGUACUCUCUAUCCUGUCCUACUAGUUUGGUAGAUGUGAGCGAGCUGCGUAGUCGUGAUGGACGACCGAAGAAAAAUCGCAGCAAGAAAAUCGUUAUUUGAAAAGCGUUUAAUGCAAUAUAACUGUCAGUGAGCAAAGCAAGUGAUUUUCAAUUAACACUGUAAUCUGUAAUCACAGUUGAAAUCAGCGCUAAAGUAACAACGUCAAAAGAAAGAUUUAUAAUUUUGCUAAAAGAUAAAAAUAAAUAAAUAAGUAAAUGAUUUCCUUCAAUUAAAUUGCAACUAAUAAUCGUGAGUGUGUUCGGUUAGCUGGUGAAUCGGUGAACUAAUCGAUGCAUCUGACUUUUGUGUGCGUGGUUUAAUUACCUAAGAGGGUUUUGUAAUAAUUCAGUGAAAGGAUUUGUGGCAUGUAAUCCAUAACUACUUAACAACCCGAAUAAAAGCAAAUGUAAACAAAACCGCGCAAAUAUAGCCGAUUUACGUCAGAAAAAUAUAAUCAAAACAAUUUUUCUAACUCACUAGUGCGACGUAGAACCAAUAACAAAGAGUAUCGAUGAUGUCCUUAAGACGUUUAGCAGUAAUUGCACCGUUAUCGCUCAUGCACAAUAAGCACAACAACACUUCAAAUGUGGUUAAUAUGACAACAACAACCACAACAACAGCAACAACUGCAACAUCAAAUGUACAGCGGAAAAGUGCAAAGGAAAGCACAGCAACAACAAAUGUUGACUUUAAGCAAACACAAACAGCAACAGAAACGACAACAACAAUUGUUAACAACAAACACAAUAAUAAGCAUCAAAUUAUCGACGAUGUUAGUUACACCGAUGAGAGCGCCGCCGGCAAUAGCAGCGAUGACAGCAAUGAGACAUAUACGAGUAUAAUUAACACAUACGCGGACGGCGGCAACGGAUUGCAAACGAUACGCGCCAGUUUCGGCGUGAGCGGCCUCUUCGGCCACAGUCCAGGUGGCAUUAGCAGCGGUGGCAAUAUCGGCAGUGGCCAUCAGUCGUAUCCGCACGCAAUUAAUGGAAAUGCCAAUUUACUGUUAUGCGGCGCCAUGCUGUCAGUGGUUACCACCAUUUUAUGCGUUGUUUGUUAUUGUUGCCAUCGCAAUAUAAAGAAGCGCACCGAAGCGGCAUAUCGUCAACAACACCAAUGGCUGGAAAGCGAUCCCAACAUGGAAAUAUAUAGUGUGGAGCAGAGCUACGAAACCUCUGGGCUAUUUUUGGGUGAAUCCAGCGACGGUUUCACCACUUUGGCAACACUGCAUCAUGAACCGCCACCUUCGUACGAUGCCGUGGUGGCCAUGCAGGAGCAACAAUUGCUGCAACACCAACUUUACCAACAACAAUGCCGCCUACAACAACAGCAGCAGCAACAUCAACAACAGCAAAUGCAUUUACAACACAGUUCGCCGCCGCCCGGCUAUCGUUCCACGCUCACCGUCAACGACAUGCCAACACCGACAAUAUCCGCAUCGGCCGCAACCAGCAACAUGGCCAUGGACACGCUGAACAACGACAGCAACGGCAAUUUGAGCAGCAGUUGCAACAUCAGCAUCAGCGGCAACAGCAUUGGCGGCAAUAGCUGCAGCAAUUUCUUCGCUUGCGGCAAGCCCACGGCGUCGGCUAAUAGAUAUAACAGCAACAGCAACAGUGCGGCCUUUUUCAACAUGAAGAAAGCGCUGAACGCACAGUCAUGCUGCUCGCUGCAGCGCGCUGAGGUCGAGAAUAUGUGGAACGCUGCCGCGGCUGCAGUGGCGGUGCGCGCCUCACAUGCCACAUCCUCGCCCUGCGGUGCCGCCAGUCUGGCGGCGGGAAAUGCAGCCGGCAGCAGCAAUGGCAGUAACAACAACAACAACAGCCGCAGUCACAUAUCGCCGAUGUUGUUGGCGCGCAAAUCCUUGCCGCUGCCAUUGACGUUGCCCGCGAAAUUCACAGCAAAGUCGGGCGCACGUCGUUACCUCGCACAUCAAAGCACUUAUUAUCGUCGCGGUUGCCCACUUUGUGGCAAAUUUCGUUACGACGUCGAUGAUGCACUCACACUGUCAGUGGAGAGUGGAUUGGACGUGCCCACAACCACUUCAACAUCAACAGCGACAGCGGCUGCAGGGCGUGCGCCGGCGUCAGCAGCUGCUAAUGACAAUGAUGCGGAUGGUGAAACAAGCGUGUGCCGGGAUUUGAGGUUAGGUGACAGCUGUCAGCAGCUAACUGCGUUAGACGAUGUGGUUUUGACGGAGGGCAGGGGCGGAUGUGAACGCCAAAUGGCCGGAAGAGGAGGAGCAGAUGCGUUGGGCCAUGAACGGUUGGAUAAAUGUGCUUGCGUCGUCAAUAUUUUGGAAUCCCCAACCACUGUAAUUAUUGAUAGCGAUAGCAAUGGCAACAAUAACAACAGCAGCACCGUACGGAUUAAUGGCGCUAACAACCUGAAUGCGCAGCCUAAUGAGUUGCACAACGAAACGGCUGUUGAAAGCCCCACAGUAAUGAUCGAUCAGAACGCAAACGACCAGACAGUGACCGAACAUGAGAGCUUGGUCGCAGCUCAAUGCAUGGAGUUGACCGAAAAUGUGAAUGUUGAAGCUAUUACUUCAAGUAACGCUAGGUGCGCGUCAAAUGCUGACACCGAGGCUGCCGCAAGCACCGUUUCGGGCGACGUUUCGUUGCCUAAUUCACCCGAGGAUAAUACUUUGGAUGUUCUAAAUGCCAAUAGUGGCAUCAUAAGAGUUGACAUGAGUAAGGUCAUCGAUCAGACGGGAUUACCCACCUAUGAAGCAGUCGCAAAGUUGGAAUCUAGUGGAUAUGUGUGAACUUAUUGACGCUGCUUAAUGAAAAGACAGAUGUGCUUUAUUAGUUUUAAUUGAGAAAAAGUCAAGAUAUAUUUUAUAGUCACUAAAAGUGCAGGCGAUUUAUUGAAUACACAGUACAUAUUUAGCAAAAAAAAAUAUCGUAAAAAUAAAGAAAAAAACUUAUCUGCAACCAA